CACCGACACUGACCAACCACCAACAUAAAUAAAAACAAAAGGAAAAAAAAGAAAGAAAAGGAAAAAAAAGGCUACCCUUCCUCCCCCUCCCCGUUUCUAUCUCAUCAUCCAAACACCGCACCGCACGGCAGGUCUUGAUCAACCUGCCUGCCUCUCACCGCUCACCGAAUGUACGACGCGGCGUCCAUAUCCUCCCGGGAUCUUCGGAUGGAACAGGCGGCCAACGGUCUUCACAAUGUCGUCGGAGCAAGAUUAUCAGGAUCUUUUUGGCCCUCAGGCUAAAAAGGCCAAACGAGGUCGGCUCCAAACCGACAAAUCCGCCAACGCGAUCCGCAUCCGCGACAACCAGCGACGCUCUCGCGCCCGUCAUAAAGAGUUCGUCGACGAGCUGCAGCGCAAAGUCCAGGAGUACGAGAAGCGCGGCAUCGAGGCCUCGCUGCAGAUGCAAAAGGCCGCCCGCGACGUCGCCAUCGAGAACUCGCGCCUGCGCGCCCUGCUUGCGAGUCGCGGCGUCUCCAGCGACCAGGUCGACGCCUACCUGCGCUCCUUUGACGACGACCCCAAGAGCUCGUCCGCCGUCUCCAUCAACACCACCCUCGCCCCCAUCCUCAACGGGCCCGUCGUCCUCGAGCCCUCGCCCACGCAGUUGCCGCCCCUGCAGGAGCACUUUGGCAAGACCUUCCACCCCGACCACGCUGCCGCCGCCGACGACGCCGACGCCGCUACUGCCGCUGCCGCUGCCUCCAAGAAGAGAAAAUACGGCGACGCCCUGCUGCCGCCGGUGCUCACGCUGACGCCCACCCCCGACGUCCAGCAGAGUUCUGCCCUCGACAGGCUUGCCGUCCUCGCCGACGCUAGUCUCAACCGCUCCUCAACCCAGCCACCCGCACAGCAUUCCAGCACCUCGUCUGAGUCCUCGCGGAGCCCGCAUUCCUACGACCGCACGAGCCAGACGCCCCCACGCCCUGCCGAACCGCACCGUCACCAACAACCACACCACCAGCAACCACACCAACACCAACACCAACACCAGCAUCUGUCGACCCUCUCCCCCCACGAAAUGUCCUGCAAUGCCGCCGCCCGAAUCAUCGCCGACAUGCAAGGUGGCAGCGCCGACGAGCGCAAGACAAAGAUAGCCCUUGGGUGCAGACCCCAGGACGAGGAAUGCUUCGUCAAAAACACGUCCAUCUUCCGCGUGCUUGACCACCGAUGAUGAUGAUUAUGCUGACGAUGGGACCAUUGACCAUGCCCAA